AUGAUGGACACAGACCGCGAGCUCCAGCCGGGCGUCAUGCCUGCCGCGCCCUACGCCGCCAGACCCCCCAGUCCCCCCGCCAUCAUGAUCCCGGCUCCCAACUUCCUCAAGGGCAACCAGCCCAUUGUCUGCACCCCCAGCUACGCCAACGUCGACCCCUUCUUCCUCAGCGCCACCGACCUCCAGAUCAUCACGCGCAACAGGCCCCAGGAGGCCCACGACUCGGUCAGCGACUGGGCGUACGAGGACCGCCGCACCGCCCAGCCCAUCCUGGACUUCCUCUACCUGGGCCCGUCGAGCGUCGCGCGCGACCGCCAGUUCCUGCAGGACCACGGCAUCACCAUGCUGCUCGCCGCCCGCGACUCGCGCCUGGCCCAGGCCCGAAUCAUGGGCGUCGACCGCGUCGCCAAGGAGCUCGGCAUCCGUGCCGAGUACGUCGACGUCGAGAACAACCAGGGCCUCAUCCGCUCCUUUCCCGACACCGUGCGCAAGAUCAACAACCACAUGCUCGAUGUCUACCGCAGCCAGGCUGUUCAGACGUAUGACGGUGACCACAGGAUGCAGGACGGCGAGAUCGCCAUCAACCCUAACCCCGAGCAGUUCCGCCGCGGCAGAGUCCUGAUCUUUUGCGAGACCGGCAACGACCGCUCAGCCGGCGUGGUCAUUGCUUACUUGAUGUCCGUCUACGGCAUGGAUAUGAUCCAAGCCUGUCAGUUCAUCCAGUACCGCCGCUUCUGUGUUGGCCUCGACGAGGAUCUGAAGUACCUGCUGAUGACGUACGAGGGCAUACUGAACGCCCAGAAGGCCGUCCAUCGCCAGCAGCUCCUCAACCCGCCCACGACUGCUUCGCCUGCCACCACGCAGUCUGCCGGUCUCGGCUCCGCUUCGCCCCAUACCGCAAAGACCAAGCGAGGCAUCGAGGACACCAUGGACACCGACGAUCAGGACGAUAUGGGUGGCAUCGAGAACGGCUACGCGCUCGACAGAGAUCGCUACACGGAUCGACCCGCCUUCGUCCCCUUUGUGGACGUUCCUGAUCGUACCAAGACCUGA